AUGUCCAAGUUACGUGGCUACAAAGAAAGUUAUCUGAAGUUUGGCUUUGCCGAUAUCGGCGGCAAACCGCAAUGCGUUUUGUGUGGUGAAGUACUCGCUCAAAGUUGCAUGGUGCCGACGAAGUUGGCACGCCAUCUCCGGACAAAGCAUCCAAGCUUCCAAGACAAGGACAUUGAGUUCUUCGAAACCAAGAAACGAAAGUUGGAAUCCCAAAAGCUGGAUAAUCCAAACAAGGACGUCGUCGGUGCUCUCAUAGGCAAUGAGCACGUGAAAAAAUUGGACAAAAUACCAUGCUCGAACGACACCGUAGCACGGAGAAUCAAAGAAAUGGCGUCUGAUGUGCAGGAUCCAGUAAUUGAAAAAUUGAAGUCGGCUGGGAAGUUUUCCCGUGCCAUGGAUGAGAGCUGCGACGUAUCCGGGAGCCCACAGCUUGUAGCAUUUGUGCGCUUUGUGGGUGGCCUUGUCAUUGCCGAAGAGCUUCUUUGUUGUCUGGAACUCGAGACCAGACACAACAAGAGGUCAAGACAUUUUCAAUGCCACUAA